AUGGAGGACAAAAAAUCAGUAAUAGCGUAUGAGUUGCACAGACCAGUACGCAGAAAUUACCAACGUCGUCAUGUUGACAUACGAGCACUUGAUGAAACUUGGCAAGCUGAUCUAGUUGACAUGAUUCCUUAUGCAACAGUUAAUAAAGGAAACAAAUAUCUGCUAACUGGCAUAGAUACUUUUUCAAAGUAUGCUUGGGCUGUACCGAUUGAAAGUAAAAGUGGUAGUGAUGUCACUAGAGCAAUGAAAUCUAUAUUUCAACAAGGACGUGUACCAAAAAAUCUGCAUGUUGACCAAAGCAAAGAAUUUUACAAUAAAGAAUUUCAAGAAUUGAUAAAACAUAAAAACAUCAACAUGUACUCAACAUUCAGCAACUUGAAGGCAUCAAUAUGUGAACGUUUUAAUCAGGGAUAG